AUGCAGCCACUUCUGCUUUUCAUCACUGACCAGCAAAACCGCGCCGUCACCUUCCGGCCAGUGAAAGUGUUAUGCAGCCGCUUUGCGGCACGUCGACAGCAGCGGACCGUCGCGGCAGCCGCGGGGCACAUUUGCGUUGUGGGCGGCGGCGUUGUGGGCUUGACGACGGCGCUGAGGCUGCUGCAGGAGAUCCCGGGCUGCUGCGUGCAGGUCUACGCGGAGGCCUGGGGCACCGACCUCGUCAGCGCUGGUGCUGCAGGGUUUUGGGAGCCCUACAAGCUGAGCGAGACGCCGGACGAGAGUGUCUACAGGUGGGGCAAGGACACCUUUGACCACAUUCAGGGCCUGGUCCACUCCAGCGCAGCCGCCACCGCCGGCGUCAGCACCGUGCACGCCACGAGCCUGUUCCGCGGCCCAGAGCCCACCCCUUUCUGGGCCGACAUCACCGGCGGCUUCUGCCGGCUUAAGCCAGAGGAGCUGAGGCUGUAUUCGGGCAGCCCCGACUGGGCAGACCCCUUUGUCACUGAGGCAGGCGGCGCGGCGGCAGCUGGGGCGCCGCAGGCGUGGGUGGACGGUUAUGCGUUCAACAGCCUCUUGUGUGAGGGCAGGCUGUACAUGCGGUGGCUGGUAGAGCGCAUCAAGGAAGCUGGCGGGCAGCUGGACCAGCGGGGCCUGAACGGCCUGGGUGACCUGGCUGAGGAGGGGUACGACGCGUUGGUGGUGUGCUGCGGCCUGGGGGCCAAGCAGCUGCUGGGGGACGACGACUGCUACCCCAUCAGGGGGCAGAUCGCACGCGUGCGGGCGCCUUGGGUGCGCGAGUGCGUGUUUGGCCACUGGGGGGACGAGGUGACCUACAUCAUCCCCAACAGGGAGUGGGUGGUGAUUGGCGGCACUGGCCAGGUCGGGGACUGGCGCACCUCGACAGACCUGGGGGAUGCGGAGGCCAUCAUGCAGCGGGCACGCCAGCUGCUGCCCAGCCUGGAGGGCGCAGAGCUGCUGGAUCAUUGGGUGGGGCUGCGGCCGGGCAGGACGCAGCUGCGCCUGGAGCUGGAGUGGACCAAGCUCGAGCCCGGCGGCGCGACCGCCAGCAGCGACGGCGAAGGCGCCAACGGCGACGGCGUCAACGACGACGGCGCUGACGGCGGCGGCGGCAGCGCCAAGCGUGGCGCGACGCCUGUUGUUUACAACUAUGGCCACGGCGGGGCGGGCCUCACGCUCGCCUGGGGAACGGCCGGCGACGCGGUUCAACUGGUGAAGCAGGCGUUGGGGGCAUGA